CUUGUAUACAAUCUAAUUUUUUGCAUCCAUAUUUUUUAAUUUCGAAUUUUGUGUUUUAUUUUUCAAUGGCAUUGUAUAAAUUGAUAUGCAUAAAUACUUUAAUAUCCCUUUAUUUGUUUCUUUGUUAGUUGACCGAAAUGGCGAGAGGAGGUUUCAAGCGCAUACAUCGUGGUAGUUCAUCACAAACACCUUCUUCACAACAAGGAGAAGUUGGGGAUUCACAAACGACUAUCUCACAAGAAAGAAUUGCUACCAGACGAAUUUUAUUGAAAGUCGACAGAGAUAGCUUUGAUCCUUCAAGUGCUACGAGAAAAUUGGUUGCAAUAUUCAAAAGAGCAUUCAGUGGUUCAUGGCCUACGUGGAAGAAGGUACCGGAUUAUGUUAGAGACCGUUGGUUUAAUGAAUUUGAGAAGUUGUACUAUUGGCCCGCGGAAGACCACACGACAAUAAGAAGACAUUUUGAACAUAAAGGAAGUGUAAGUUUGAGCAAUAGUUUGAAUAAAGCGAGAAAACAAUUUCAUGAGAAAAAUAUAAUACCGAAGUGGAUCAAUCAGAAUCAUUGGAAUGAGUUGUUGGCUUAUUGGAACACCCAAAAGUUUAAAGAUAAAUCGGAAAUUAAUUCUGAUAACAGAAACUCAAGUCAUGAUGGUUUAGGUCCCUCGUUGCAUACAGGAGGAUCAAUUCCAGUUUCAGAAUAUAAAAGAAAAUUCGUAAGUGUUAAUUUUGAUAUUUUAUAAUUAUAUU